AUGGCACCUGCUGCUGGUCACACCCUGACAGGUCACAGUGGGAAGGUGCUGUCAGCUCGCUUCCUAUUGGACAACACUCGGAUCGUGUCAGGGAGCUACGAUCGAACCCUCAAACUGUGGGACCUCCGCAACAAAGUCUGUACAAAGACGGUGUUUGCAGGUUCCAGCUGUAACGACAUCGUGUGCACGGAGCAGUGUGUCAUGAGCGGACACUUCGACAAGAAGGUUCGAUUCUGGGACAUCAGAGCCGAGAGCAUCGUGAAGGAGCUGGAGCUGCUGGGCAGAGUGACGUCUCUGGACCUGAACCACGAUCGCACCGAGCUGCUCACCUGCUCCAGAGACGACCUGGUCAAGAUCAUCGACCUGCGCACCAACGCUGUCCGCCAGACCUUCAGGUCAGUGACUGAGCCGGCCUCUGAAAGGACAGGAGUGAGCUGGCCCCUGAUAGGACAGGAGUGAGCCGGCCCCUGAUAG